CCUAAAACCCUAAACCAUCGGGCCUCAGCUUCUGCGUGAUCGAAGUCGAGUGCCACGCCUGAGUGGCAGUGUGGAAUGGCUUUGGCGCCGCAUUCACUGGUCUCUGCGGAACGUCACUAGUGAGGUUAAUGGCGUCUGCCGCAGUGCUCUUUCAAGUGGCUGGGGCGAGAACAAUAUGUUUGCGCAGGCAGGCAGACAUUGCCCCUGCGGCGAACCAGCUGUUCCCUUUGAGGACACUUCCUCACCCUCUGUUUGAAGGAUCGAGGCUGGGCAGGUCCCAUUCCGAGGACAGGGUGGGCUCAGGACUGAGGCGCUUCUUCCCGAGGGCGAAGAUUCCCCAGGGGCAAGCAGAGUCUACCGGAAGUUCCAACGGAUUUGAUAGUGUGCCUCAGGCUGAACAGGUCAAGGACGAGGCACAGGCCCUCAAGUCGAGUAUCCAGCGUGCGGAGAACAGGAUUGAGCGCUUGGAGAACCAGAUCGACACUGCUGCGGCUGCAGGCAAGAGAACGGAGUUGUUGGAGCAAAGACUGGUGGCGUUGGAGCAGAGACUGGCCGCGCUGCGGCAGAAGGAGGCCGCGCUGGAGCAGCGACUGACCGCGCUUGCGCAGGCGGAGGUGGAGAAACUGAAGCUGCAACAGACACCAGCGGCGGGGGUUCCAGACCCUGCAGUCUUGGAGAGGCUCCAGAAGUACGCUGAGUUCAUUGCGCAAACGGACACUGCCAGUGGAAUCAUCCAGAUUCCGCCCGAGCUUCGGGAGGGACUGCCGCCAGGCCUGAGGGAUAGCAUUCUAAUUCGGGAGUGCUACUGCAUGGUGCUGAAGAAGCUCGAGGCUCUUGGGGACGACUUUGCGGUUGUCCUGAGUGGCACCCCGGGCAUCGGAAAGUCUGCCAUUGCUGUCCUCCUACUGCACCACCUGGCAGAGCAGGGGGCACAGGUGGCCUACAGGUACAUGGACACCAUCAACAAGGACACCAUAAUCUUCUUCGAUUUCUCCAAUCCGUCUGCGAUCGACGUCAAACAGGCCUCGGAAGGCGAUGCUGACUGGCGAUCCCUUCGAGCUCUCUGCAAGCGCUCUUCUGUCUGGCUAGUACAAGAUGGACGAGCUCCCCGUGAAACGCAGUUCCCUGGUUACGGUCGCUGGGUGGUGCUGUGCUCGCCCAAUUCUGACAAUUACAUGGAGUUCGUCAAGGGGAAGCAUGCUGAAGUCUGGUGGCUCCCUGUGUGGACGCUAGAUGAGUUGCUGGACUGCCGGCAGCGCUUCUACCCUCACGUGUCGCAAAAGCAGACGGAGGAUCGCUUCGAGCAGUUUGGCGGGGUCGUCAGGAGCGUCUUGGCGGACCCCGGCCGAUCCUUUGAGCGUCUUGCGAGGUCGCUCUCAGCUUUGGAGGCGGUGGACCUGUAUCGCCUUGGCGCAGCAGCUUUAAAAAGCGCCAUACGGCAUGCAUUUGCGCACAUUGAAGCUACGCAAGAUCUGGAGUUUGAUGGGUUCCGCCUCGGUUCGCCGCGCAUCGGGGACCUCGUCUUUCAAAGAGCCAAGGAGGGCCGAUGGCAGGACCUAGUGGACCUGCUGCACGCGGCUGCCAGCAACCCUAGGGUCGGCGAAAUGUCAGGGUCCUCGUUGGAGGCGUAUGGGCAUGUGAGGUGCGUCCUGGGCGCAGACCUGGACGACGACGACAUCAAGGAGGUGUUCCGAAAGCGGCGCGGCCGGCCUCGGAAGCAGGAGGGAGCGAAGGAGGGAAGGAGGGAGGGCGGGGACGUGUCCGAGAGUGACCCGGGUCAGUCGGGAAAGCGGGAGGAAGCGGUUGAAGAGAUCAAGGAGGCGUUCCGGAGCUGCAAGGAUUUUGUGUCCGACAGCAAGGAGGAGGGGAUCAAUCCGGCGAAUCUGAAACACACGUACGUCCGGCCAACCACAAGAGAUCAAGAAUCGUGGGAUGGGCUACUCUGCCCAGGUGGCAAUUGGAUAUAUGCUGUCCAGUUCACGCGCAACCCCGGGCAUGGGAUCAGCGCGCAAGGAAUGCUGGACCUUCUGAAACGGAUCGGUAGAAAGCGGCUUCGAGUGGUCCUUGCGGUUCCAGGAGAGAAGUUUGACAACUAUGGUUGGCAGCCAUGGACCGGUCCAAAAAGGAAAGGGGGGGAUGGGGAGACGGUCAUGACAAAAGGCGCUCUCCCGGAGAACGAGAUUCCUCCCGAGCUGAAGAGCAUCAAGCAAUGGGUGGUUCGCCUGAAGCUGCCUGAUGCAGGGGACGAGGUUCCGCGCAUCCCCGAGAAAAUGUUAGUGUUGCCUAACAAAGAGCUGUCCGAUGAUGAUUUGCCUGACGACGUGUCUAGAUAGAAGUGGAUCGUGCAAUGUGUCCAGAUAGAAGUAGAUCGUGCAAGAGACGUGGCAGAAUGCUAGUCGGCUGUGGAGGACCAAAGCCUCAGCAAGAGCUCAAGCUUGUAGCUGAGCUUUAUUCCUCCGUUGCUCUUUCAACAACAUUAACGUCUCUAAAAAUCGGCCGUGCUGAAUCAAAGAGAACCACGUCUCUAGUGUAUGGAUGUCUUGGUGGUACAUAAUGCCCGAGUGCUUGAGUGAAACCUGGAAUUCGCAGGACACAAGCGUGUGCUUUCCCAUACAACUUUCCGCAAUCACGCUUUUAAGCGGG